UCGACAUCAACCGCAUAGAAAAUGUCCUGUCAAAAUAAUGUCGAGCCCGAGAACACACCUCUCCAAGAAUGCCUGGUCACAUUGAAAACCUACAAGCUUCUCAGCGAAUCACCAGAAAACCACCGAGCUCUUCUACAAGAAAAAACCCCACUGCUUUACCCAGCAACUCUCCUUGAAGAGAAGAACCCAACCAUCGUGAACUUGUCUUUGGACAUUUUACAAAACCUGAUAUCCAAUGAUGAGAAUCACAGAACCAUUUUAUCAACUUUUGGAGUAUAUGAAUCCCUUGAGUCGUUGGUGGUCAAGGAGAGGAAUAAGUCCAGCGAGUUGAGCUCCAGAGCUGAAGAACUGGUCGACAUACUCCGUUCUUCAGCCCCACCUGCCUUCAGUACCAGAAGUAGAUCCAAGAUGCAGAACCAGAAAAGAAAUGCUGUUCUACUUUUUCAGAUCGAAGAGUUGAAAGAGACCAACAAAAAGAGCCUUGAGAGAGUUUUAGUCAAAACCAGAGGGGUAAUUUCUUUUCUCAUCGAUGUUGAGAAGAAAAGAUGUACCAUAAGACUAUGUCGAAACACCAGUAUACAGAGUGUUGCCAAAAAGAUUUCUGAAAAAUGUGGUAUGACUGCGAUGGUUGUCACUAAGGAUCCAAACACGAGGGAAGAAGUUCUGAAAAAUCCGAUGAGUCGCAAAAUGGAAGAAACUAUGCUGGAAUAUUAUAUAGAUGACGAACCUCCUCCAGGGAAUACAGCUUUGACUAAAACGAUGGAUUUUGUGAAGAAGGGUAAUGGUUUGAUCAAGUCAGUUGCUGAUUUCUGGAAUGAAUCCUUCUAUUGGUGAUUAUUUCCAAUGUUUUCUUGCGUUUGUUUUGUUUCUGAUUGUGUUUGAAGUUUUGAAUUGUAUUAGAGUUAGGGAAAAUAAAUAAUUGUAUAUCGAU